AAUGAGUUUAUGUGCCCAAUCUUUACAUAAAGCAAGUUUAUCAUCAUCCUCUUAUAAAGAACUUUGAUUCUCAAUACAAUCCUCCAAAAAAAAACCCCAUCUUCUAAUCUUUUCUUUUUUGCUGUUAUUCUUUAAUUUUUGUUUCUCAAAAGGGUGAAGAUGGGUUCUAUCUUUUUUUGUUUUCAUCCAUUAAUACAUACUUCUAAGCUUGAUUCCUCAAAGACCCAUGUUUUGUUUAGCUCUUCUUUGAGUUCAACUCUAAAAAACCAAUCUUUAUUGAAAUACACAGCAAGAACUCAGUUUGUUUGUUCUUCUUCAUCUAAGGAUGGGUUUGAGUCUUCUGGUGAUAGUAAUACAAGUAAUUUCUGCAUCAUUGAAGGACCCGAGACCGUUCAAGAUUUUGGUCAGAUGCAGUUUCAAGAAAUCCAGGAUAACAUUAGGAGCAGGCGCAACAAAAUCUUCCUCCUUAUGGAAGAGGUACGUCGGCUAAGAAUACAACAAAGGUUAAAGAACUCUAACACUAGAGGUGAGACCGGUGAAGAUGAAAAUGAGAUGCCAGAUAUCCCAUCAACAAUACCGUUUCUUCCUAACAUGACUCCAAAGACACUGAAGCAGCUUUAUCUUACGAGCUUUUCAUUUAUAGCUGGGAUUAUGGUCUUCGGUGGAUUACUUGCCCCAGUACUUGAGCUGAAAUUAGGUCUAGGAGGCACCUCAUACGAAGAUUUCAUACGUAACAUGCAUUUGCCUAUGCAAUUGAGCCAGGUCGACCCCAUAGUGGCGUCCUUUUCAGGCGGGGCAGUGGGAGUCAUCUCAGCCCUCAUGCUAAUAGAAGCUAACAAUGUAGUCCAACAGGAGAAGAAAAAGUGCAAAUAUUGUUAUGGAAGUGGGUACUUGGCAUGUGCACGCUGUUCAGCAAGCGGUAAAUGCCUUUAUACUGAACCAAUUUCAGUGAAUGGUUCUUAUCAAUCGUUGCGUGCACCAACUCUUAAAAGAUGUGCAAAUUGCUCCGGGACUGGAAAGGUAAUGUGCCCUACAUGUCUGUGUACUGGGAUGGUGAUGGCAAGUGAACAUGACCUUCGUAUAGAUCCAUUUGAUUAAGAACAAAUUCUCAUUUUGUAACUUAUAUUCAUACAAAAAAUAAUUGGUCAUUUUGGUUUUGUUAUAAGCAUAGUUAUUAUAUAUAGAAUAUCCUUUGGUUAUGAAGAUGAUAACUCCUCAUCUAUUUAACAGUGAAGGAGUUAGAAAUUUCGUUAAGCGUAUAUGUUCAAGAUUUGAUAUAAAUGUAUGAGAAAGAAUUUUCGACCUA